AUGACCCCUGAAGCCACUUCUCUUGGUCACAAGCACUUUGAUGUCAUCAAAUGCAAUGCAGGACCAACAGUCCUGGAUGACGAGGACCCCAAGUGCCUGCCCUCCAAGUGUCAGAGAGAAGAGAGGAAGGGGGUGACAUAUAAGGUGUUUUCAUACUCCACCACUUUGCUGCUCACCGGUCACUGCAAAUAUUCCACUUUUCCAGAUGCGUCAUCAACAACCAAGAUGGGGAACUACAACCAAACUUGUGUUGUGAAUGAUGCUAUUGCAUAUGUCACUCUGACUGUGCUCUACACUACAGUUCUUGUUGGUGGAACAAUUGGUAUCAUUAUAAUGACCUUGCUUUUAUAUAGAACAAACACCCGCUCUUUGACCACUACUGUAGUCAUUAAUCUUUUAGUGGUCCAUAGCAUCUUUCUUCUCACAGUUCCAUUUCGGAUCAUCUACUAUGUUGACAGACAGUGGUACUUUGGAUUUAAAUUUUGCAAGAUAAUAAGUGCCAUGAUACACAUUCACACAUACCUUUCCUUUAUAUUUUAUGUGGCUAUGCUAAUAAUCAGGUACAUCAGCUACUUCAAACAAAAGGAUAAGAUUGAGUUCUACAGAAAACUCCACUCGGUGGUGGCUAGCGCAGCAGUGUGGAUUAUCAUAAUACUUGUUAUUUUUCCUUUAUUCUAUGUGCGAUAUGGGUGGAGUUCUGAUGACAAUUCCACAGGACAGUGCUUUAGGUUCCACACAGCAUUAAGGAAUCCUGCUGUAAUAAACUUAAACUAUGUUUUGGUUGUGGUCGUGGUUAGUGUCAUAUGUCUUCUUCUGGUUGUACAAAUUUUCAUCAUUGUAAGGGUUGUUAAGAAACUGAGGAAAUCUGCUCUAGAUCAUCAAGAGUUCUGGGCCCAGUUAAAAAGUUUGUUUUUCAUUUUAGUCAUGAUAAUCUGCUUCAUUCCCUAUCACAUGUUUCGGAUCUACUUCAUACAUCAUGCAAACGAGUGCUACUUCUACAAUGAGAUCUUCCUCGGCAUAACUGCUCUCAGCUGCUUGGAUCUUUUGUCAUUUGCAGUACAGACUUAUUUCCAGAAAGUACUUAAACACAUGCCGUGCACCUUAACAUGCAUAUGUUGACCACUUCAUCAGAA